AUGCUGUCCCUGGACGAGGCCAUGCAGCUCGACUUCACUGCCGGGCUGCAGCUGCUGGGCACGGACGUCAGCUUCGGCUUCGGUUUCGACACGAUGACGUGUGGUGCUGGCGCGUCGCCGGUGGAGGCGUUGACGAAGGCUUACGGCAACGAAGAGGAGGAGGAGCUCCGGCGGCUGAGGCGGAAGAUAUCGAACCGGGAGUCCGCGCGGCGGUCGCGCGCGCGGAGGCGGCAGCGGGUGGAGGAGCUAGAGCGCGCCGUACAGGAGCUCCGGGCCGAGAGGCGCGCGCUGGCGGCGAAGCUGGACGCGGCGGCGGGGCGAGCGCUGGAUGUGCGGUGCGACAACGCGCGGCUCAGCGCGGAGGCCGGCGCGCUCCGGCGCCGGCUGGGCGAGGCGCAGAGGCACGCCGUCCUGCUGCUCGCGCUGGCACGUGCCCGUCUCGCGCGGACGGCGAGCGGCGGCGGCCUUGCAACGGCUGCGGCGGCGUGGCAUCGUUGA